AUGAUUGACUUGUCAGUAGGAGGUUGCAAUUUUCUGAAACAGGUUCCAAGUUCAAUUGGUGGAUUAAAUUCUCUUCUCCGACUUCAGUUGGAUAGGACGCCGUUUGAAACUCUACCAGAAGAGAUUAGUCAUUUGCACUUUAUUCAAGAACUCAAGUUGAUGAACUGUGAAUCUCUGAAAUUUCUGCCUAAGUCAUUCGGAGCUAUGGACACACUCCGUAGCUUAUACCUUGAAGGCUCUAGCAUUGAGGAACUACCGGAAAGUUUUGGCAAGCUGGAAAACCUUGUCUUACUACGAAUGAGCAAGUGUAAAAUGCUCAGGAGACUUCCUAACUCAUUUGGAGACUUGAAAUCUCUUCACGAUCUGCACAUGCAGGAAACUUUGGUCUCAGAUUUGCCUGAAAGUUUUGGAAACCUUUCAAAUUUAAUGGUAUUGAAAAUGCUGAAGAAGCCUCUUUUUAGAAGUUCUGAGAGUGGUGUUCCAAGUACAAGCAAAGAACCUCGUUUUGUAGCAGUACCAGACACUUUCUCAAACCUCUUGUCACUUGAAAAACUGGACGCUCGCAGUUGGGGAAUAUCGGGUAAAAUCCCAGAUGUUCUUGAGAAGCUUUCGUCUGUGAAGAUAGUGAAUCUGGGGAAUAAUUAUUUUCACAGUCUCCCAUCUAGCCUCGAGGGGUUAUCAAAUCUCAGAGAACUUUUAUUGUAUGACUGCCGAGAGCUCAAGUGUCUUCCCCCUCUUCCGUGGAAACUGGAGCAGCUAAGCUUGGCAAACUGCUUUUCAUUGGAGAGUAUUUCCGACCUUUCCAAGCUAGAGAUCUUGCACGAGCUCAAUCUCACUAACUGUGAGAAAGUGAAUGAUAUUCCAGGCCUAGAGAAGUUGGCGGCUCUGAGACGGUUAUACAUGAGUGGUUGUAAUUCCAGCUGCUCCCUUGCAGUAAAGAAAAGACUGUCCAAGGCUCCUUUGAAGAUGCUUCGGAACCUUAGCUUGCCUGGAAACAGAAUCCCGGACUGGUUCUCACAAGGCCCUGUAACGUUCGCAGCUCAACCGAACAAAGAGCUCAGAGGAGUAAUCCUUGCUGUUGUUGUGGCUCUUAACCAUGAAACUGAAGAUGACUACCAGCUGCCUGAUGUGAUGGAGGUUCAAGCCCAAAUUCUUAAGCUUGAUCUAGCUUUAUACACCCACACAUUGCACCUUUCUGGAGUGCCCAGAACAAGUAAUGACCAACUCCACAUCUGCCGGUACCCAGCUUCGCACCCAAUGGUAAAGAUGUUUAAAGACGGAUACAUGAUACAGGUGAUCAAACUGGAACCACCAAUCAGACAAGGCGUCGAGCUAAAGAUGCAUGGGAUUCAUCUGGUUUACGAGGGGGAUGAUGAUUUUACAGGCGAAGAAAUAUUGUUAACCGAGACACAGCUAUCCGUUUCUCAGAAACUUGCCAAUUUUUUCAGCUCUUUUGAAGAAACUGAAGCCAGCUCAGUAGGUGAAUCUACUGUUGCAUGA